UUGUUAUGUUUUUUGAUGUCAGCAGCAAUAAGCUUUAUAAGACAUCUUCAAACUUACCAUGGGAUUUUAUGAGCGUUUAUUAUUGCAGGAUCCUUUUCCUAUUGAUCUGGUGAAGAUUGGCUUGGCUAACCRUACAAGUGUUCUGUGUGUCGCUAAAGAAACCAGCAAGGUUUUUGUUGCUUUCAAAAUCGUGCAAGAAAUACAAAGACGCUUUCCUAGCAAGUUUAGCCUGAUUGUUUCGCAAGGCAAUUCAGAUUGUUUCACCCAACAGUUUAUUGAAGCAGUAAACCUACAGACAACUCUCAAAUGUCGGAUUUGUACCAAUGAAUCCUGGAAACAUGACAGCAAUACUGCAGAUAUCCAAAUAGCAAGUCCAUCAUGUAUUGCUCAUCAAAUUCAAACUGGUACCAUUUCCUGGUCAAAAAUCAAUUUGCURUUAAUGAAUGACUGCCAUCUARUAACCCAUGGAGACCAUCCUUCAAAAUUCAUUAUUGACCAUGGCAAGUCACAUGAUCAUUACAUUAGACCAAUCACAGUUGGUCUUUCCUCUCAAUUGCCAGUCAACAGUCCAUCUCAACUGGAAAGCACACUUAGGGAAAUGGAGUCAGUGUUUGGUUGUAAUUGUUCAGUAUCAUGUGAUCUAGUGGCUAUGAAUCGGUAUGGAGAGAAAUCCCAAGAGAAUGUCAUCAGCUACUCGCUUGAAAAUAAAACUGAAGGAAUGUCACACUUGAUAUCCUCACAAAUUGCUAGCAUUCUAGAAUAUCUUAUGGAAAAAGAUAAAGUUGAAAGUGGRUUARAAAAAYCUACCCAGGCAAUAUUGUCUCACAUAAUCAUGUUAUGUAAUACUUGCAAUAACAUUCUGAGAAGGUUUGGUGCUAGUGCUGCUGAAUACAAUGCAAAAAUCAUUAUGCGUGAACUAACAAAGAUGGAAAAGAAAGCUAUUGUUUCAGAAGAUAUUGAAGUAUUGCRUUAUUGUAAGGAAACAAUGUCACUUGUUCAGAAAGGUUGUAGUGAUAAAAGUCAAGAUUAUUAUGAGAUGACUCCUGUUGUUAUAGACCUUAUAUCAAGGUUAUUGACUUCCAACAUUGAAAGUAAAGUUUCAGGAAAUAGUGAUACACCUUCAACUAAUGAUGCAUGUUGUAUCAAAUCCCCUUUGGCAAGUUAUAUUGAAAAGUGUGAACAGAAUGCUAAAAGGCAUCCAGUGAUUGUAAUCCUUUGCAUCUCAGACCAUGAAGCAGCAGCUUUGAAUUUCCUAUUAAACAAAGCAGCAAAACUUGACCAAAAACUGUCUUACAUCAAAAGUGCCUAUUUGUCAAGUUCUAGCAUCAGGCAAAGUGAGACGUGUCAAGAAGCUGAGCAUGUUGAGAGUCAGGCUAUCAUUCAGCUUAUCAACCAAGGAGAAGUGAAUGUUCUUGUUUUAAGCUGUGAUGUGGAGAAUGACAUCUAUAUGUCAUCUUGUAAGCAACUGAUACGAUUUGCAAUCCCAAAGGACUACCUAUCAUAUGUGAAAGUUAAAAGGAUUUUGAGGUGUUCAAAUUCUGAAGUCAUUUUCUUUGAGGAAAAUGAAAAUUUGAGAGAGAAACGCAUUCAGCAAUAUCAAGCUUUAAAAGAAGUAGAAAGUGUAUUAUCCACACGAUGUGAGCCAUUUAAAUCUACCGUGAAUAAUGAUGCAUUCUGGGAGAGGUUUGCUUGCAAAUCUGAGGAAAAGCUUGCACUUGAAGAAGAUCCACGGCUUGCGAUUCCUCUUAUUAACAGGUAUUGCAGUUCAUUUCCAAAUGAUGGUUUUGGCUGUUCUCAGCCACAUCACGAGAUCAAGGUUAAAGAACAAGCUGAGACGUUUCAUGUGGAAUCAACUCUWCAGCUCCCAAGUCACUCACCUAUUUACCGUCCAUUCAAGGGAUUAGUAGUCGUUCCAAAAGAACAGGCAACACCAAGUCUCCUUGCUCAAGCUCGUUUUGAAAGCUGUGUUGCUGCUGCAAUGCUGGCUUGUAAAACUCUACUUGAGACUGGUGAACUAGACAAACAAGGACCAAGACUCUCCGCAGACGACUACACUUUUAAAAAAGCCAACGCAUCGUGUUCUUAUGAAGUGGCAGAUGGUUGCAAUGGUGUUGACGGUUCUACGAAAAGAAAAAGAGCUUACGAAAGAAAGCGUCCGUCAGUCCUGAUGAAUAGCCUACCCCUAGCAGAGAUGCCUUGCUAUAUUUAUUCCAUAUCAAUAAGAACAACCCAGGAACCAGAGAACGACUUAAUAGAAGACUAUGUCAGCUCAAAUAUGCUUGGAUUGCUAUCCAGAAACCGGAUUCCCAAGAUUCCUAAGUUUAUUAUCUACAAGAAAGCAAUUGAGCUAAUUGUCAGCAUCAAGGAGUGUGGUCACCUUAUUGCGAUGACGKCUGAUGAGUUCGCYCUGAUACAACGUUUUCAUCGUUAUAUCCACAGUGAAAUCAUGCAUAUUAAUAGUGACCCGGAAGACGAAAGUUUYCGCUUUGAGCCAGAAAGCCAAACAUAUGGCUGCUACGUUGUGCCUUUGGAAACAAUAAAGCCUGGAGAUCAAGAUACUAGAGAAAGCGUUAUUGCAGAAAGUUGUGAAGAUUUAUCGCUGCAGAAGUUAAAUCUUCAAAAUAACAAUACAGAUGGUGUUGAUSUUAAUAAAUSUGCUGUCUCGAGUGAYGAUGCUGGGUGCGAAGGAAAACUGAGCGCUUCUUUGAACCCUGUCCAGUCAUCUCGGACUGUGGCAUUUGAAUUUCUUCGGAACAUUGAAGACAAGCUCGAGGAUUUAUCAAAUCCCAAAGACCCACCCCCUCAGUCACACAUCGACUUUGAAAACUACCGUGGUCGCAUUAUAACUGCUGUUUACAUGAAGACACCUACGAAAUACCUCGUGAUUGAUAUACUUUACGACAUGAGCCCGCUAUCACCUUUUCCUGAUUUAGACGUGGCUGCGACCUUCUCAGACUACUUUAAGCAGAGAUACGGACUUGAAGUAAAAGAUGAGCAGCCUUUACUUGAAGUAAAGAACCUAAGCAGAGUGAGUAGUUGUCUUGUGUCAAAGUAUCGCGAUACAAAAGGACACGAGAGAGCCCUCCCCUCUAACGAAUCAAAAAGGAAAAAGAGAUCUCACGUCCUCUUAAUUCCUGAACUCUGCUCGAUCCACCCAGUUCCUUCAAGUCUUUGGCAAGAUGUCCUUUUCAUUCCCUCAAUUCUUCACCGUCUURAAGCUAUCCUAGUUGCAGAAGAGUUUCGUCAGACCAUAGCUACACAUUCWGGGGUGGGAAGCAUUGAUUGGCCAGAAACAGUUGGUCUUCCUUUGUUGACUUCAAGAGAGGGGACUGAURAAGACMAURAGGUUCUAAGUYCCCUAAAGGRUGACUURCAACUGCCUACAGAUGUUGAAAUGUUGCAGUUACAGGGAGACCAAUCCGAUAAUGAUAUGCAUAAGGAGCCUUCCUCAGUAAUGAAACUUCAAGAGCUUACUGGCCAAUCAAAUGGCAGUGAUUCAAGCAUUCAACUGAAGGAGGCUUCAGAAGGCGGGAAGUCAUCUACAGUUUUGAUGAAAAAAGCGUUAACGAWGCAAUCAAAUGACAUCGGACGAAGUAGCCAAUUCGAGAAAUCUUCAGAAGAACAACAACUCAUAUCUUGCGAAUCCUACACUAAAAUCGAAAUUUUGAAUCCAAGUGAAAAGGAAACGGAAUUUUCGUCAACAAAGAUUACAAAAACUGCAAUAACAAAGGAACCUCACCACAUGAAAGCGGUAGUGAAGAAUAGUGAAGUCAAUAGCAAUUCAGUAAAGGAAUCCUUUUCAAGAAUGAAAAGUGAGAUAAAUGAACCUUCCUCAACGCUGAUCCUCAAGGGAUUAACGUGUAUUAGUGCUGUAGAUCUCUUCAAUCACGAUCGUCUAGAGAUGUUCGGAGACGCCUUCAUCAAAUUUGCUGUUUCAUUGAAUAUGUACUGUGAGACGCCAUUGUUAAACGUUGGCAAGCUCUCUUUUUAUAGAGGUCUUAAUAUAAGCAAUCGGCAAUUAUUCUAUCUUGGACGGGCACUGAACAUUCCCUCGUAUAUCUUCAAUGCACCAUUCCAGCCGUUCGUUUCUUGGCGCCCACAUGGGUUCAAGCAACUAAAGAAAACGGUUAGCCAGGAAGGUCGUUUCAAGUUGAAYCCUGACACCAACGACAUCGAUUCAAGUGAUAACGAUGAUGAUAUAUUCCAAGAAACGAGUCCGUCUUUGCCUUCACAAGGCCCACAAGUCGAGAUCGACGCACAGAUGCACAUAAUUGCUUCAGAUAAAAGUGUYGCAGACACGACAGAGGCUAYCAUUGGAGCUUAUUUAGUAACUGGUGGUCCGAAAAGCGCACUUAAAGUGAUGAAAUGGCUUGGAAUGGAUGUAACGGAUUACUUAAACUCUGAAGAUGCAUCAGCGUUGGUUGCUAACAUAUCUCUUCUAGAGCCAGCGGAAGAUCAGCUUAGUAGUGACGUUUCAUUACUGGAAGCAGAGUUCAAGAAUGUAGAAGCUUCUAUUGGUCAUUCAUUCAGAAAUAAACACCUGCUUUAUCAAGCAUUCAUUCACGUGACUUACCCACGUGGUCUGAGCCGUUUGUGCUCAAGUUAUGAGCAGCUAGAGUUCCUUGGUGAUGCUUUGUUGGACUAUUUUGUGACCCGGCAUCUGUACUUUACCUAUAAGGACAUGUCGCCUGGYCUUUUGACGGAUGUUAGGUCAGCUAUUGUCAACAGCUACAGCUUUGCUUUUCUGUCAGUGCAACUUGGUUUACACAAGCAUCUGCGGUCAUUUUCACCAGCAGUAUUCCGAGUURUAAAUAGAUUCACUGCAAUSCUGAAAAACACCAUUAAGAAGAAGACGGUAGCGAACCCUGACCAGGUGUUUUCCAGUGUUUUCGUUCCCCCAGAUGACAACGAUGAAAACAACGACGGAAUCGAAGUUCCCAAAGUCUUGGCUGACAUCUUUGAAUCUGUUGUUGCCGCGGUUUUUGUUGACACCGGAAUGGACGUAGAAAGAACUUGGCUUGUCGUUUACAAGCUGCUGAAGGCCGCAUUUGGUAAAUAAAMCAUUAUGCCUUCAUUACAAGUGCUUUAAGUAAAACCGGCRACAUUUUUAUGAAGCGAUGAUACCCAGGGUGGUAGCUUGAUGAUAUMGGCCUCACAUCCCUCUUYCCCCUCUAUCCCGGAAUGCCAGUGAUCUGGUUUUGAAAACGAGUAUGCUGUUAAGUACUAACUAUGAGUGCCUUAAGUUAAACCGGCAAGAUUUUAACGGUUCUAAAUUUAAUUUUUAAUAAUGGUAUUUGCCCUUUGUUUUUAAUUAAAACUGGUUACCAAGRUAGAAUAGUCGUAAUUUAACGUUCAAGUUCCGUAGUGGAAAAAAAAUAUAUCAACUCCUCCACUUUGGAUAGUUUAGGAUCAGAAGUACAUAACCAGAA